UCACCCAAGCUAAAAACAACUCUUUUACACACCUACCAUCAUGGCCAUCCUUGAAGCCGUUCCUGGUAUAACGGUCACCGUGCGCAUCAACGGUGUUGACUGCCUGGAAUACGAUGACCCUAAUGUUCCCGAGCAGCAGCCCAGUCGUCCAACAUCAUCGAAAUACAUUGAAUCGCUCGAUAACACCGAGUUUACUCUCUGCUUAAGCAUUAAUAAAGAUUACGACUGGAAUUACAAGGGUCACUGCCUUGUUUUCACUGUUCGGGCUGAUUCUACGUGGAUCCAGACUCAUCUCAUCCAUAAAACCCAUCUCACGAAUGGCUACUUUGAGAGUGUAAUCAAAGGCAAACCAACAUUCUGCAAUAAAACUAAAUCCUGGUUCAACCAUGCAUUGAAGUUUUCUGAAGUGAAAGUCGUCGAGGGCGUAACAAAGGCCCGCAUGGAGAAAGAUCAACAGGUAGCCAAAAAUCUCGGGUUAGUCGAGGUUAAAGUAGAACGCCACAUCUAUGUGGAGAAGGAUCACAGCUACUGCGGGGACAUGAGCCGGAGUGUUUCUUCUUUCGAGCUUGCCGAGAAGUCUCUGAAGGGCAGGUCGAUUUCCCAUGGAACCAUUUUAACCCCUGGCACAAAGAUACCACGCCCUGAUUUUGCGCAAACCAAACGUCUCCCAGGCGACGAUGGGCCUAUUGCUAUUUUCCAAUUUCGAUACAGAUCAAAAAAGGCUCUCCAGCAAGAGUUGAUAAUACCACGGACUCCACCUGGAUCACCAAGUCUAGACGGACUUUCUACGGCUGAAAUAAACCGACUGGCAAAGGAGAGACUUGAGGAAAUAAAUGCAAGAAAGCAGCUCGUCAAAAAGGAACCGACGUCCAUCAAGCGUGAGGUUAGUGAGGUUUAUGACCGAACUGAUGGCACAUCAGCUCGUCCUGCUAAGACUCGACGUCUUACAUCUGAAGUCAUAGACCUCACUGAUGACUAA